AUGUUAGCAAGCUUGAGUGAAGUGAAUACAAAUAUGAAGCUGGUGCUCUCAAGGUUCACUGACCGCGAAGAUCCGCGUCAAUUUGACUGUGGACUAUCCAGCCAACAGUUCCCUUUGUCAUCUGAAGAGGAACUGGGAACUUUGGACGCUUAUCUAGAGCAAAAAGACGUGAGAAACAGAUUUAUGGCCAUGUUGACACGUUUAAUGGAUGAUGAUCCUAAAACCUCUAUGCGAUAUAUUCUGUCCUACAUCAUGAAACCUGAAAUCGCCAUUAAUUUCACGUUACUGGGUACUUCAUCAAAACGAGCGAUUCAGAAGUGCAGGUUUUACGGCUGCGUACGAAGUGCACUGACUAAUCGAUUCCUGUCGUCAUCUGUCAACGAGAAAGACCUUGUGAAACUAUAUGACAUGGCGACACAAAGUUAUUUCCACGAUAUGAGAGACAAAGUACAGAAGCGUCAUCGACGGAACAAAGGACACGUACAGUCUUCCGUGUUCAAGGAUAUAACCAAUUCACAAGAAUUGUUUGACUCCAUAUUUUUGAUACUUGACAGUACAAAGUCACAGUAUAUUUUUCACAUUAUUAUUAUUAUGGCAGUUGGAUCAUAUGGAUUUGGAAGCACUAAGAUUAUUGUAAACGCUGAUGAUGGAUUUUACUCGGAUAUCAGGGACCAGGGCAUUGUUUCAUGUCUUUCAGCAGUAGAUCGUGGAGUAUCAGACGUUUCAGUUCUAAUGAAUGGUGCGGUUGCAAAAGGUCUGCUUUCUUCUCCAUACCAUAAAAGACCACAAAUGUCCUUACUGUUCUCACAUAUCACACGGCAUAGACAAAUCCCGGGUUUGCAUUUUAACUUGACUGAAGGGAAACCUUUAUCCAAGACGAAGUUUGUACAAAGCUUACUGAAUGAUAAUGGUUGUUUCCUUGGUAAGCAUGGAUUUCGAAGGACUUUGAUGUUCUCUGGGAUUAAGAUGAAUGAAGUUGAAGUUGAACUGGAAUCACAAAUAAAUGCAUUUCGAGAUGUUUUUGGAACUAUUCCCAGUCAUUUCGAUGGUCAUCAACAUGUUCAUGUUUUACCAGGGAUUGACGUGGUCGUGGCUAGUGUGAUCUCUCGGAUUGGCAUUAAGUGGAUACGUGUUCCUAUGGAAUAUAUUCCAGAAACAUCUUGUUAUAUAACCGAAUCUGAAAUAAAUUUCUAUAGAGAAGUAUCUGAUCAAGCGAUGAAAGCAAAAGAAAUAUUUUCAUCAUAUAGUUUAAAAUAUACUCAAAAAUUCAUUGGAAUGGCACUGAUGGGAAAAAAUCAAACAAUAGAAUUAUUGGACCAGUCUUUAUCAUCUUUUAACAAUUGUAAGAACAUUGAAUUUAUGGUUCAUCCUGGUUAUAGGACAAUAAAACACACCAAUGAAUCUAAUAAUCUUAAAGGUUGUGGAGAUCCUGAUGGUCCUGAUUUAUUUUCACAGUCAAGUGAUCGAGAACAUGAAAUGCUUUUUCUUACAAGUGAUGAAUUUAAAGAUUAUUUAAAGGUACAUAAAUAUGAACUUUUGACAUUUUCCGACUUAUCAUAAAUCCAUAGUUUAUUUCCGCUAUUGUUGUUACUGUUGAAACUAUAAUUCUU